UCUCAAUAAAUUGGUCAGGUAACGAAAGUUUUUUGUCUUUAUCGCACUUAUGUAAUUAGAAGUGUAGUUAUCACUAUUUAAAAUUUUGUAAUUCCCGCGUUACAAAGGACUUGCUUUUCUCCGUACUCGUCCCAUGCGUUUAUAAUACGUUCUUAUUUCUUAUACAUUUAAACGUACACAUUGAUAACCAUAUAAUAUAUAUAUAUAAUGUUUUAGCUGUCGCGUGCAUUUUAUUCGUGCACUUUUCAUCUAAUAUAAGAAAAAAAAAUACGUGUUUUUUCAUUAAUAAUUAUUUUUUAAAAAUCUAAAAAAAAUCGAAAAAUUAAGUUUUCCUCAUCUCCUGUUAUUUUAUAAAUUUAAUUUAAUAGAAAAUUUAAAAAAUGGCUACGACAGAGUCACUUGCUAAAGAAAUAGAUGUAGUUCAAAUAUUAAGGCAAUGGGAAGAAGACCAUACGUCAUCGUCAUACGAUCCAAUACCUACACUCAAAAGAUUAGCUGAAAUAAUUGAAUCGGAGACUGAAAACUACUUCAAGAUGGAUCCAGAUCCGUUUGAUGAACGACAUCCAUCUCGUACUGAUCCUGAUUGCAAUUUUGGUCACAUUCUUAAGGUUUUAUUUCGUAAAGAUAAUUUUAUGACUAAGCUUAUAAAUGACUAUUUAAGAGAUUCUUAUUACUCGAGAGCAGGAAUAACUGGCCGCGACGUGCGUCAAUUAAAUAUAGCGGCAUGCAGACUCAUGCUGGAUAUACUACCAGGAUUAGAAACAUCAGCAGUCUUUCAGCCAGACAACGAUGGUCUUAUUCACCGACUGUUUUCCUGGGCAGAAAAGAGCUCCGAACCGCUGAGGAGCUACGCAACGGGUUUGCUAGCAGCCGCAAUGGAAGUCCAAGACAUAGCUACGGGUUUUCGGGAGCAGAAUGCCAACUUGGUGCCGAUGAUGCUCCGACGUCUUCAUAUGCUUCAAGAAGAUCGUCAAUCUGUAUCAGUAAACACACGUCCCUUUGCAAGUUUUGGUCACAAUCGCCAUAAUUUCGGGGACACGGAGAACAAUAGUGUGCCGGGUAAAAGAAAAGUACGCGAUAAAUUAGAAAACGGCGUAAAGAGUCCCAACAAUUUGAGUUUUCUCAAUGAAGAGCCUCACAGUGUUGACAACGAAAUGCCUCCAUUGAAAAAACGUAGAAGUGCCAAUGAUGAUGAAGAACAGCUCAGCAUGACACCUAUCAAGACAAGUGAUUAUCAAGAAAUGAUGUCACCACCAUUAUCGAUACCCAAUACACCAAAUUCAUUCUCCACAAAUCAAGUUACACCAUCAAAGACACCAAAUCGUGCUACACCACCACGAAAUUUGACAGCUGCCCGUUCAAGUGCCACUCGUAAUCUUUCUCACAGUGUCAGCACUCCGUCGAUGCUUCUAGAGGGUAAUUCAAAUUCUUCAUGGGCAGAAAUGGAAUCAUAUGUAAUAGGAAAUAUUCAAAUGUAUCCACCAACAUUAGCGACUCAGCAGAUGCUUAUUUUACGUUAUCUAACACCUAUGGGAGAAUAUCAAGAAUUUUUAGUUCAUGUGUUUGAGCAAAAUGCGCUGGAACUUAUUCUCAAAUAUAUAAAUGUCCGUGAGACUAAAGACAGUCGUUUAGCGUUUGAAGCGCUAAAGUAUCUGGCCUCACUGCUGUGUCACAAAAAAUUCUCAAUUGAAUUUUUGGCAGCUAAUGGACUAGACAAACUGCUAGAUGUGCCAAGGCCCAGUGUAGCUGCGACAGGUGUUUCAAUAUGUCUUUAUUAUUUAGCUUAUUGUGAGGAUGCGCUGGAACGAGUGUGCCAGAAGUCAAACGUGAUAAUUUCAAAUUUAGUGACUUACGCGCUCUGGCUGCUGGAGCGCAGCCAUGACUCUGGUAGAUGUCACGCUACCAUGUUCUUCGGUUGUUCUUUUCCUUUCAAAGUUAUUCUUGAAGAAUUCGAUGCUCAAGACGGUCUGCGUAAGCUCUUUAACGUCAUCUCUACCCUACCAAUCCUCAAUAUCGAGGACGAAUCGUCUAUCAACGAUGACGAAGAGUGUGCGUCCCGUCAAAUAGUCCGUCACGUCGCUGUAGCUCUUAAGAAAUAUAUCGAGGCGCACUUGUAUCUCAAAGCAGAGCAACUUCAGCGAGUGGAGAAUGCGCGCACAGAGGUCGAGCCCUGUCAGCCACUACUGCCACACAAACCUUGUAAAUUUAAAAACGAAGAAGAAGUGCAGGAGAAAGUUGAGUUGCUACAAAAACUAAUGAACGUACGUGCUCACUGGCCUCCAGUUGAAAAACUCUAUGAACUAGGUUCUAUAACUUUGUUAUUACAAAUAAUAGCAUUUUCACGUGACUGGAUUUACAGUAAUCGCGCGUACAUGACAUCAAGCGCUGAAACUGUUCGUUCGUGUCUUGAUGUUAUUGCAGUGUGUACUGUGGUGCCAAAAGUAAUGCUAUUGCUGUGUGAUCGUGUUGAUAUGCAAGACCCCUCAAUGACAAUGCCAAUUAAUGUACUCCUUGCUGCAGCUGAGGGUGAUAUAAUUCCAGACGCAGAAGUUCAACGUGCGGCUUUACGUACAAUCGUUAAUUGUGUAUGUGCUCCAAUUCAUAGAGUAUCGGGUACAGUAGGACGUUACUCGGUUACUGGAUCAGCUAAAAAAAAGACAAACGUCUAUAAUGGCGAAGAAUUGAUCCAAAAAGUCUGGUCGAGUGUUAGAUCCAACAAUGGUAUAAUGUUCCUGCUUCAACUGAUGACAGUCAAGACACCUAUCACCGACGCUGACAGUAUCCGUGCUUUGGCUUGUCGUGCGCUCGCUGGCUUAGCACGCAGCGAAAAGGUUCGUCAAAUUAUCAGUAAAUUGUCAAUGUUUACCGAUGGACAGCUUCAAUUGUUGAUGAAAAAUCCAAUUCACAAUGAAAAACGUCAGGAGCACGUGAUGUUCCAAAAAUACGCAUUAGAAUUAAUCGAACGAGUAUCAGGUAAAGCUAAACCCACUGGUGCCGAGUAUGAAAUAUCUUUAGCAAGUUUACAUCGUGCAAAUGUUAUUGCACAGACACGAAUACAGUACGACAGACAGCAAUUAAAUCAAUUAAUUUAUCAGCAUUUAGUGUCUGAAGGAUUGGAUCGCGUGGCAACGGAACUUCAGCGUGCGGUUAAUUUAGACACUCACGCAAUAAUGAAACCCGUUACUUCGUAUCAGCCAUUUACGUAUAGCAGUCCUGCGCCAUCAGUGGUAACCCGUCCAGGAUUUUCACCCGUUCCACCGGUCUACAUUUACAACACCAGUCGUAACAACCAACGUGACACUUUUAAUCGGUCAAAUAACAUGCAAACUCCACCGUCAUCAUCACGUUUUAUCUCACAUACUGCCAGCACACCGACAACUCCAGGUGUUCGUAUGAAAUUAUCCGACAGUCUCAGUACUCAGACACCAAUUACCACUAAUCAGCCAAUAAAACUCCAAAUAAAUCAAAAGAAGCAUCAGCAAGAUAAAAAUAAUUCUUCAAUGACACUAGGCCAGUCAUUACAAACACCCUCUAGCAGAUCUUUACAGAAACAAACAUCACGAGAUCCUGGAGCUGUUGUAAGUGGAUCAGACUUACCCAUAACAUCAUUGACGUCACCAUCAAUCACCUUGGACUCGAUAAUAACUGAGUACCUGACGAAUCAACACGCGCUUUGCAAAAAUCCAAUGGUGACCUGUCCCAAGUUCAAUCUCUUCCAGCCACACAAGUGUCCCGAUCCACGACCUAAGAGUUCAGCAGCGACGAAUAUUACCGUACGCGCAACACGCAGACAGUUUGGUAUAGACGACAGGCGUCUCGAUCGACGGUAUAUUUACAGCAGAUUCUGUCCAGUAAAAACUUUUCGUCCCACCGAUGUCGAGGGUACCUUCACAUGCUGCACAUUUUCCCCAGACCAGCAGUCUCUCAUGCUCGGUACCUACUCUGGGGACGUUAAAAUGUUCAACGUUCACACGGGGAUUGAAGAAGCCUCGUAUCAGUGCCACGAGUCGUAUGUUUACCAUAUGGAGUGCAAUAAACGCGGUGAUUUAUUACUUACUUCGACUGUCUGGAGACGGCCCAUGUCUGCUUUGUGGAGCAUCGGGGUUUUCUUUGAUAUGAAAAUGCCAAUCGAAGCCGAGGAUUAUGUCGAGUUCAGUAAAUUACAGGACAAAAUAAUCGGUACUCAAAAUGAAAGCGCAACAAUAUACGAUAUUGCAACGGGUAAAUUAAUUAGCACAUUGACACCAUCGAUAUCAUCAAACAGAUACACCAAAAAUCGUGCAACCUUCAGUAUGAAUGAUGAGUUAGUUCUCAGUGACGGUAUACUCUGGGAUGUUAACUCUGGGAAAGAGAUCCACAAGUUUGAUAAAUUAAAUCAAGCACUGAAUGGAGUUUUUCACCCAAAUGGUACUGAAGUUAUUGCAAAUACUGAAGUUUGGGAUCUCAGAACAUUCCAUUUGCUCAAUACUGUCCCGUCAUUGGAUCAGAUGAAAGUUAUUUUCUCUCCAAUAAAUCAUGUUAUCUAUGCGUCACUAUUUGACCAAGACACUGAUGAUGAGUCUAGUUACGUAACGUCUUUUAAAACUCUAGAUGCGUUGGAUUACUCCAACAUCGCGACCUACGAUGUAAAGAGAGGAAUUUACAGUCUUGCUUGCAAUAAAUACGAUACGCAGAUAGCCAUUGUCGAGAAUCAGGGGGACUUUGACAGUGUCCAGGAGUCUUGCGUCAGACUUUACGAUGUCGGUAGACGACGCGAUGAUGAAGAUGAAGCUGACGAAGACGACGAUGAAGAAGAUUUAGAUGCCAGCGACGACGAUGGCUCUAACUCUGGUUCCGAUGACAACAACGCCGAUGAUGCCGAUAAUGCCGACCAAGCCGGUGAUGACAACGCGGAUGAUCAGAAUAUAAAUGACGGCGAGGACAAUGACGACGAGGACGACGAUGAUGACGACGACGACGACGACGACGAUAGUCUUGAUGGAGAUGAUUCACCCAACGAGAGCGUCGACUAUGAUCCCAACUCGCCUGACUACUCGCUCUCCGAUAUCGAUGAUUUUGAAAUUCUUUACCCGUAAUUUGGUUGUGAUCUUGCCAAUAAUAAUUAUUUCUUAAGUCGAAACUCUUUCAAUUACUGAUUAUUAUUUUUUUUAUCGAUAUUUAAAUUCAAAUUCACGUGCGUUGAACGCAAGUUUAUGCAGAUGGUUUUUUUUUUUUACGAUAAGAAUUUUUUUUUUGUUUUCAUGUGAAAAUGUAUAAAUGAGUAAACUUUUUGCUAUUGUAUGUAUGCCGAGUAAAUACAAGAUUUUAAAAAUAGGAAUAUUAUACACUUAUAAUUAUUAUUGAUAGUUAUUAAUUAUUAGUAAUUAUAAUUAAUAUUAUUAUAAUAAUAAUUAUUGUAAGAUAAGUUACUAUGAGUAGAUGAAAAGAUAUA